UCGGAAAUCUAUGCGUGGCAGUCAGCGAGCUGCCUGCGAGCGAAAAGGGACACAGCUGGACGAAGGGAAGGAAUAAUGACCGAAUUCCAGAGGCAGCAUCUGUACUUUUGCGAAAAACCCAUUCAGAUCAUUUCAGGCGCUCGAAGAAAUUUAUAGACUGCUGUCGCGGCCAUUUAAGGUUGGACGUCGGCUGUGUUUUCAACACAGGGGCGAUUUUUUUGGGGUAUUGGACAUCCGAUCUAACGGUUUUCGCUGCAAUGGACCAGUCUGUAGCGAUUCAGGAGACUCUGUCAGAAGACGAAAACUGCAUCAUAGCCGUCCAAUGUCUUCUCCUGGUGGACGGCGUCACCGAAAGCAGACUACUUGGGUUGGUGGAGCGUGAACAUGAGCGCGCACUGUUUUUGUUUACACAUAGAAGAAUGGCUAUAACGGGCGAUGAUGUGGCGCUUGAUAUGAUAGUGCCCAUCUCUCACGACUUCGUUAUAGUGGAAGCUUCGUCACCCGAAGAACUGGCUGUUGUAGGCGCGGACACCAGAGUGCUCGUGACGGACCAGGAGCUCGAGGUCCAGCUGGAGUUGCGGUUACCUUUCGGAUCCCACACGCGUCUGUUCCUCAGCGAGGUGAACCGGGCCUGGAGCGAAGUGUGUUCUCAGCCUCCCGGUGAAGUGCCGGCCUCCCAGUUCGAGUGGCUCACCAAGUACCGCAAGUCCCAGAAGGGGCCGGGCUCGUCCAGACAGAGCAGCGGAAGGCACUUCUCCAAAACCAAGAAAUCAGGGACCAUGGCGGUGGGGAACGGUAAAGUGCGUGGAGCUCACGAGGUGACUGGCGACAGCAGGGGUGAGCCGCUCGCAGGGGAGAACAGCGCAGACAAUGGCGGUAAGGUGAAGGCUGAGGUGCGGGACGACCUGGUGCGUUCCUCACAGCACACCGUGUCCAACAAGGCGCAGAUCCUGAGCAUGCCGCAGUUCGGCCUGAGAGACAACCUGGUGCGCUGCGAACUGCUGAAGAACGAGGCGCUCUACACCUCCAUCAGAAACUUCAGAUUCUUCCUGGGGACCUACAACGUGAACGGCCAGCUUCCCAAAGAGAGCCUGCUUCCCUGGCUGGGGUGUGUGGCCGAACCCCCGGACAUAUACUGCGUGGGGUUCCAGGAACUGGACCUCAGUAAAGAGGCCUUCCUGUUCAAUGAGACCCCGAAGGAGCAGGACUGGAUGAAGGCAGUCAAUGAUGCUCUACACCCCGACGCCAAGUACGCUUUAGUGAAGCUGGUGCGGUUGGUGGGGAUCAUGAUGCUGUUCUACGUGAAGCACGAGCACGCCGAGCACAUCACCGACAUGGACGCCGAAACCGUGGGCACGGGAAUCAUGGGAAGGAUGGGAAAUAAAGGCGCGGUCGCGGUGCGGUUCCGCUUCCACAACUCGGACGUGUGCCUGGUGAACUCCCACCUGGCGGCGCACGCGGAGGAGUACGAGCGGCGGAACCAGGACUACCGCGACAUCUGCUCCCGCAUGGCCUUCCGACAGCCCGACCCCAGCCUGCCGCCGCUCGCCAUCAUGAAGCACGAUGUGGUUUUAUGGGUUGGAGAUCUGAACUACAGGCUCUAUGAUAUCGGGGCUGAACUUGUGAAAAAUCUCAUCGCUGAGAAAGAUUUCCAGUCUCUGCAGGAACACGACCAGCUGAGGAAGCAGAUGAAGGAGGGGGCCGUGUUUUCAGGAUUCGUGGAAGGAGACAUUUCCUUCCAGCCGACCUACAAAUAUGACACGGGCACCGACCAGUGGGACACCAGCGAGAAGUGCAGAGUCCCGGCCUGGUGUGACCGGAUCCUGUGGAAGGGGAAACACGUCCAGCAGCUGCACUACCAGAGUCACAUGACCCUGAAGACCAGCGACCACAAGCCCGUGAGCUCCCUGCUGGAGGUCGGGAUUAAGGUGGUGAAUGAAGAAGCUUACAAGAAGACGUUUGAAGAGAUUGUUCGAAACCUUGACAAGAUGGAGAACGAGUGCAUUCCGUCCGUUUCGCUGUCCUGUCGAGAGUUCUGUUUCAAAGAUGUGAAGUUCAUGCAGCACCAGGCCGUCACCCUGACGAUUCACAAUGACGGACAGGUGCCGUGCCAAUUUGAGUUCAUCCAGAAGCUGGACGAGCCCGCCUACUGCAAGCCCUGGCUGACGGCCAACCCUCCCAAGGGCUUCCUGGCGCAAGGCGCCUCCCUGAACAUCGAGCUGGAGGUGUUUGUGAAUCGCUCGACGGCCCCGGAGCUGAACUCCGGCCGCGAGCAGAUGGAGGACAUCCUGGUGCUGCACCUGGAGAUGGGCAAGGACUACUUCAUCUCCGUCAGCGGGGCCUACCUGCCCAGCUGCUUUGGCUCGCCCCUGCGCGCCCUCUGCCUGCUCCGGGACCCCAUCCAGGACCUCCCCCUCGAAUCGCUCCGCCGCCUGAGCGUGAUGGCACAGGACGAGCCUGAUGCUAUGUCGGAGGAGACGCCGCUGGAAAUUCCCAAGGAGAUCUGGAUGAUGGUGGAUCACCUAUACCGCAACGGCUCCAAACAGGAGGACCUGUUUCAGCAGCCGGGGCUGAGGAGCGAGUUUGAGGAGAUCCGAGACUGCCUGGACACCGGGAUGCCUGAGUCGCUUCCGGGCAGUAACCACUCAGUGGCUGAAGCGCUGCUGCUCUUCCUGGACGCCCUGCCGGAGCCCGUGAUCCCGUUCCCCUUCUACCAGCAGUGCCUGGACUGCUGCUCCAACAGCAGCCAGAGUGCAAAGGUCAUCUCCCAGCUACCUCAGUGCCAUAGAAACGUUUUUGGCUAUCUGACGGCGUUCCUGCGCGAGCUUCUGAGGAACUCCGCGCUGAAUAACCUGGACGCCAACAUCCUAGCAACCAUCUUUGCUGGCUUGCUGCUGAGGUCACCGACGAAGCAGGACCUGGCGGAGAAGAGGAAAGCCCAAGAGUUUCUGCAUCAUUUCCUUACACAGGACCUUUAAUGAGCAACACGGCCAAGCAUCAGAGUUCAGCCCUUUAGCCUAAUGUACAGCACCUCAGUAUUUUUUUAAUAAACUGUUAAUAUUUCAUAAAUGGAUAGAUACUUCUUUGUAUAGUCAAAAAAAAUGUUUUUUUUUUUUUUUUUUCAAACAAAGAUAUUAGUCUGAUUUCAGACCUGUGCAUUAUAUGCAAUGGGCUUUUAAAGUAAGCUGUUUUAUUUAAAAUAAAAUAAAAACAGCUGCACUAAACUGACAGUUUUUGAAAAAUGUUUUUAUUUAGCAGUUAUUUAAAGAUUCAUCAUGUUUGUAAUGUUCAUCUGUGGUUUCUAAAGUAAUACAAAUGUCUGUUCUUUUUAUAUAUAAAAGCAAUGUUUCAAAAAGCA